UGCUGAUUUCAAACAUCUACUCCGGAGAUACUGAAGAAAAACCAAAACCCUCAGUGACCAUUAAACCUGCUCAACAUGUAUUCAGAGGAGAGAGAGUCACUCUCAGAUGUGACAUAUAUGUUGAAGGAGUCACUAGCUGGCAGUACGGCUGGUAUAAAGAUGGUUCAGGCAAUGCUUUCAGUGAACUACAGGAACACACAUUCGGUUCUGUUACCGAGUUUGACGCAGGUAAAUACUCCUGUUAUGGAGUAGAGACAGAAGGAUCACGAACAUUACACCGCAGUGAAGACGUUACACUGACAGUAUCAGAUAAAGCCCAGGCAGUUUUAAGUGUUUCUCCACAGACGUGGUUGACUGAAGGAGAUCCAGUGACUCUGAUCUGUGAGGUUAACAGCUCCUCUACAGGCUGGACAUUCAGCUGGUUCACUGUAACUGUCUCAGACUACAGAUAUCGUUAUGAGCUGCUCUCAGACAGCAGCAGAGGAGCUGGAGGAAACUACACUGUCAGUUCUGCUGCUCUAAAACACACAGGAGUUUAUGUGUGCACAGCAGAGAGAGGAAAACCAGCCAAUAACACAACCAUCAGCAACACACAGUUAAUAUGGGUCACUGCUGUAAUUGUCUUCUCAGGUGUUUCUCCUCCAGUCUCUCUUAUCGUCAGUCCCAGCAGAACUCAACACUUCACAUUUGUCUCUCUCUCUCUGAGCUGUGAGGACCAGAGUAACUCUACUGGAUGGACAGUGAGAAGAUACAGAGACAGCUGGCGGCUGGAAGAUUGUUCAUCAUCAAUGUCGGGAUCACAAACAGGAUCUACAUGUACAAUCAGAGACACCUUCACAGAGGACACUGGAGUGUACUGGUGUCAGUCUGAAUCUGGAGAGAAAAGUCAUCCUGUUAAUAUCACUGUACACUUUGGUGUGAUUCUGGAGAGUCCUGUUCAUCCUGUAACUGAAGGAGAAACUCUGACUCUACGCUGUUUAUAUAAACAUACAACCCCACCAAACCUCAGAGCUGAUUUCUAUAAAGAUGGGUCACUCAUCCAGAGUCAAACUACAGAGAUGAUCAUCUCUAAUGUCUCAAAAUCACAUGAGGGUUUCUACUCCUGCAAACACCCAGAUGGAGAGUCACCCAAGAGCUGGAUCUCAGUCACAGUGUCUCAUUCAGGAUAUCUGAUCUCUGUCCUCCACACACUCAGUUCUGUGCUGGCAGUUUCUCCAUAUCUGCUCGUGACAGUCGUGCUGAUUUUCAAAUGCUGCAGGAUGAGAGUUGCAUCUGUUGAAGAGCAAGAAACUGCGAUCUGAUCUUAAUCUGUCGUGACGGUGAGAAAACUUCAGCUUCAUCCUGGAAUCUCUCAGUUUCUCAGUUCAGACUGAACAUGCUCGCUUACUGUAAAAGUCACGUUUUAGGAGUGACUCCUUUUGGCAUCUCACAGUUGUUAAAGUCAACAUGAACCAGCAUCACAACUCUUUUGACUUCUGAGUGAAACAGAAUAUUCAACGAGAAAAUGUGUAGCGAAGAACUUGAUUUGAUCCAUCAGGAAUUAAUUGGAUUGUAAAAAAA